GACACUAUGUUAAACGUGAGAUCUGAUAAAGCACUCCAGAAAUACAACAGGCUGUGACCUACAGCAUCCCUGCUGGAAGGGCCGGGCCGGGAGGCUUUGGGCUCCCACCGACUCGUGCUGUUCUGCACUGUGUUGUGUUGCUCUGUGCCUGGCGGGGGGUUCAGCCCCAUCCCUGGACACCUCCAGCACCACCGGUGUGAAGCUGAGGGGUCCUCGGCUCUCACUGCUUCCUAUAGGGAAGGCUGGAGGGGUCAGCGUUGGUGUGGGCUCCCUGGGGGGCACUGAGGUGCAGGUGGGCAGCAGGGCACACAGCAAGACAAGAGCUGGGCAGCCUCCAGCCGUGCACCGCAGCCCUCCAUGUAACCAGGCUGUGACGAUGGCACCCAUCCCACCCCACGCCCCGAAACCAGCCCUGUGCUGCGGUGGCCAUCUCAGGUGGCUGCUCCCCCCCCUUCCUUCCACUGCGCCAUCUCCGCAAACAAAGGGGAGGGUGUGGGACAAGGCGACGGAGCCAGUGGAAAGGAGAGUCCAGCGACAAACCCCACCCCGGGCGGGCAUUGAGCGAGCACAGCCCGGCCCCGGCCCCGCCAGCCCUUAUAAGCACAGGUGCACCCAGGUGUAAGCUGAUCCCCACGGCUGCGGCGGCGAGCGGAGCACGGGGUGGUUGCGGUCAGUGGGUUCCUCUCUGCCAUCACCCGGGAGCCGGACACCAUGUCUAUGGGGCUGGAGAUCGGAGGGGUGGCCCUGUCGGUGCUGGGCUGGUUGUGCAGCAUCAUCUGCUGCGCGCUGCCCAUGUGGAGGGUGACGGCCUUCAUCGGCAACAACAUCGUGGUGGCGCAGACCAUCUGGGAGGGGCUGUGGAUGAACUGCGUGGUGCAGAGCACGGGGCAGAUGCAGUGCAAGGUGUACGACUCCAUGCUGGCCCUGCCGCAGGACCUGCAGGCCGCCCGCGCGCUGCUGGUGGUGGCCAUCGUGCUGGCCGUGCUGGGCCUGAUGGUGGCCAUCGUGGGCGCCCAGUGCACGCGCUGCGUGGAGGACGAGACCACCAAGGCCAAGAUCACCAUCGUCUCCGGCGUCAUCUUCCUGCUCUCCGGCAUCAUGACCCUCAUCCCCGUCUCCUGGUCGGCCAACACCAUCAUCCGGGACUUCUACAACCCGCUGGUGAUCGACGCACAGAAGCGGGAGCUGGGCACGUCCCUCUACGUGGGCUGGGCGGCCUCGGCUCUGCUGCUCUUCGGGGGGGCCCUGCUGUGCUGCUCCUGCCCCCCCAAAGACGAGAGGUACGCGCCCAGCAAGGUGGCUUACUCCGCCCCGCGCUCCGCCGUUACCAGCUAUGACAAGAGGAACUAUGUGUGAGCCCCCGCGCCCCCCCCCCGGCCCAGCCCUUCCUGGAGCUCGGCCGCCCCCAUUUCCAGCCCCACCGCCACAACCGGCACCGCCGGGGACCCUCCGCCCCGCGGGCCGGGGAGAGAGCGCCUGUCCCUGAGGGUGACCGGCCCCGGUGGGAGCGGGCAGGGGAGCGGCGGGGGGGGCGAUGGGACAGGAGCCGGGUCAGGGCCGGGCAGUGCCGGGCGGGCGGCUGUGUCAAUAGCGAUGGUUUCAUGUAAACAGAGCCGGUUUCGGGUUGCCAGGAGAGCUGCGAGCGGCAGCGCCACGAGGAAGCUGCGCUCCGUGCCCCCCCGCCCUGCCCCGCCGGUCCCCCCCCGCCGGCCGGGCACCUUCUCUCCCUGUUACGCGUGGUCUGUACAAGUUACAUUUGUCAAUAAACGAGUCCUGUUUUGGUA